CGCGAGCAGGUCGGACACUCUCGCCGACGCACAAUGUCAAAGACAGUAAAGUUACCGUAGAGCAAACUGAGAUCUUUUUUCAUCUUAAUAUCUCCUCUUUUUUCGUAAAAGUCAGACUGACGCAGCACUUCGCUCGCUCUAUUAAGUGCGUUGUUUAUUGUUGUUUUUUAUAGAUUAUCUUUGUUUAACGUGGAGGCUCUUAGUGAGGUGGAACCCACGCGACGCGAUGCGCCUCACGCUGCAGAUGCUAAUCUCCCACGGCCGGGUGGCCAGGAGGAUCGGCUUGGGCCCGGAGUCCCGGAUCCACAUGCUCCGGAACAUCCUGACUGGACUGGUCCGGCAUGAGAGGAUAGAAACCACGAAGGUCAGAGCCGAUGAAGUCCGCUUCUACGCCGAGAAGCUGAUCGACUAUGCCAAGAAAGGAGACACAGAUGAGAAGGCGAUGAAAAUGGCCAGUUUUUGGCUCACGGAAAAGGAUCUCGUCCCGAAGCUCUUUAAAGUCCUCGCUCCGCGUUUUGAAAACCAUUCAACUGGCUACACGCGGAUGGCCCGGAUCCCCAACAGAGAGAACCUGGACAGAGCCCAGAUGGCCGUGUUGGAGUACAAAGGCAACCCGUUUCCACCUCUUUAUCCUGUGAAGAAGGAGAAUGAACUGAAUCUCAUCAACCAGCUCCUCAAAGGCUACAGAGAGGAGAGGGCAAGAGUGUUGGCCGCUGAAGCCUAAACACUCCAAUGUUUUUGAUUUUUCAUGUUGCAGAAAGAGCCUUAAUACAAGUCUUCACGUGAUCUGAAAACAAGAACCGAUCUGUAAAAUAAUAUAUCUAAUUGUGUGAUAGUAAAGUUUGAUUUUCCAAACUAAAGUUCCAGGUUUGUGUUAUGUCUUCAGUGUUUGAGUUUAAAUGAAUGCAGGUUCUGGUCAUGGAUCUUCUAGAGAAGAUGAAAACUGCUGCUGCAUAGGCAUCUGUUAAAUCUGAGCUGAAAAAAAAAAGAAAAUCAAUGAAACUGCCUGCUGUAAACUGUUGCAUGAAAAGGUUAUUGAAUUCUAAUAAAAUGUGUCUGAACCUCUUUAAAACACAA